AUGCGAGGGCUACCGGGCCCCGUGCGAGCCCGGCUAAGGACGUUAGCAACAACUACGAAGAUUCACUUUGCAAACUGGAACAUUGGCACGCUUACGGGACGCUCCACAGAACUUGCGGCCAUACUUGCCAGGCGUAAAGUGGCAGUGGCGUUCCUGCAGGAGACACGGUGGAAGGCCAACAGGAACCGGAAUAUUGGGCACGGCUACAAGCUGAUCUAUACAGGCUGUUCUGGUGGGGAGAACGGUGUGGCAGUGGUGCUCGCCGAGCAUUUCCACGAUAGCGUCUUGGAAGUUAGACGCAUAUGCGACCGACUUAUGGUAGUAAGUUUGCUUAUAGAGGGGGUCGUGACCCACUUAAUACGUUCCUACGCCCCACAGAUCGGCUGCAGCGACGCAGAUAAGACGCUGUUUUGGGAUCGGCUCGGAGAUGUACUAUGCGGCAUACCGUUGUCCCACGAUGUCGUUUUGAGUGGCGACCUGAACGCUCAUGUGGGCGAGGUGCAGGGGGAGUAUGAACGGCGGCUAUGGUUACGGCCAAAGAAACAUAGAGGGGAAAACCAUUCUCAGAACCUGCACUGCAGCUGA